AUGGAGCAGCAGCUGAAGCCGACGACGCUCCUUGGGUCACGCUCCGCGUGCGUGUGUACCUCUGUCCUUCCCCGCGGGGCAUUCCAACCCUGGGAAGGAAGAUUUCUGUGCCCAAGGCAGUAUCAAUUGCCUGUUGGCAGGACGAGUCUUAAGCCGCUGCGCGCCUGGUGGAGCAGUGAGAGGAGAUGGCCACCUCACCACCAGAAACACCGGUAUUCUGCCAGGCUGCCUAGGCUCCACGACCUCUACCGGCCUUUAGAAUUGAACGGGUCGCGGUCCAUUUCCCCAACCAACCAUCUCGUCCAGCGCGUUCGACACUCGAGCCAAGGCCACUGCUUGGCCCCGCACGAACGUGAAUUGUCUGGCACCGCGGUUGGGCGCAAAGGGCGGGGUGGCAGUGGCCGAGGCGGCACUAGGAGAAUUACACACUCAAAAGAUGAUUACUGGGCUACUGCGAUACUAUCGCCUCGUCAUCACUGUUCAGAGAGGAUUUGCGAAAAGGACCCACGUCCGCGUAUUAUCUUCCAUCCGGCUGGUCACGUUUCAGUGUGUAAGACUGUUCACAAUGGGUGCAGGGGAAACUUGGCGACCUUUACCACAAACACUACUCAAGGCGUCCGGGAUUUCAUUGCAACCACUGUCGUUAUCGCUCUUCCAGAACAGCUUUUUCUUCCAUACUCGCUUAGCCUAAUGUUGCCUUGCAUCCGAUUCAUGUUCACCAUCGUUGCUGGCCCCCGUCCAUCUGCUUCAACGCCAAUGAUUGCUGCUCAGACUUUCGCUCUGCCGCGGUUGGGGUCUCUCUGCACGACCUCCAGGCAUUUCGGGAUACGCUCAAGUCAUACCCAUGCGCGUCAGAUGCACUGCAACCGUUUCAAGGAUGCUUUCCGCGCACCAUGCUGCCAAUGCGCCAUCGGUCCAGAUAGUAGCUUGUCACUUCGGUCCAACCGCAUUGCACUGGAAGACCAUCUCGUUGUCGUCCUCGGCGUGGCAUUCCACUUCAUCUCGUCGCUGAGCGAAACGGCCCACCUGCCAGCUUCUCCAACCAGCAGCCCUACUGCAUGCUUUGUGUCACCGUCGCCUUGCUGCCCCACGUUCUACCGUUGUCGUGAUGAGGUUGUUCCCAUCUCGCCUCUCAUCCUGGCGAGAGGAGCAUCCAUACAGACAUCCCUGCCGCCUUCACUUAGUCACACGCAAGAGCCGCGCGUGGGUCGUUGCUUGUUUUCACCAAGGCUCCCUGUUGCAACCCGACACUGUCAACGGACAACGCUAUCGGGUGUCUGCACCUUUGCCGUCGAGGCCAACUACAGUCUCCCCCAUGACGCCGGGAUGUCGACUCACAAUCGGAUGUUGCCGACGCUUUGUGUAGGGUACACACUGACCAUCACUACCCAUUCGUAUCCUAGCUACGCCAUGCUCACCUGCCACGGCCUGAAUGCCUCUUCGUGCUCCCUAAGUGGAACGGCCCUCGGCUGUGUCGUCUUCCUUGUGGAUAUGCACACCCUCUCUACCUUGCGCCUAUCCGGCGUGCUCCCUGGGGCAUUCAGGCGGUUCAUGAUCCCGUUCGAGGCCUCUCCAAGUGUCACCACACUGUCGAUCGAUUCUCUCGGUGCCAUCAACUCUACAGCUCUGGAACAUGAACAAUUUAACACUUCGACCGCCUCUCUGGAGCGUUUUAUGACAUCUCCCAUUGGGCUUCAUGAACAUGCCAAUGGAGAUAUACGACAGUGUGGCCCACCACCUAGGACUGUGUGGUACUGUUGUAACUGCGGCGAUGGCCCACACAAUAUCAAACUUGACACAGGUUGUUCCUCUUGCGGACAAACUAGGUGCGGAUCCUGCACUACCGGCUCCGCUAAAUAG